AUCUGUCAGAAGGACUCUUCCAGACAUCCAAACCGUGCCUGAACAGCCCACUGGAGGCCCGAAAGCAAGGAGCGGCAACUUCCGGAGAGGAGCUGAGGCUGUUGCUUCAGGAUACAAAAUGACAGCAGUCGUCUUUAGUCCUAGCAAGAAGGUCAUGAGUGUGGAUGAGGUCCAAAGAAAGGGCUAUGCAAUAGCCAACACUCCCACACGGCUGGUGUUAAGAAGCCCUCAUAAUGCAGAGGAGACAUACCUCCAGAAUGUAAGCUGACUUUCUCCACUUCCUCCAUGAACUGGGUCAUGUUCAGUAGAGCAAAAAUUUGGAAACGGUGGCCCUACCUGAACUCUGCAACAUAUUGUUAAUACGGUGUGCCCUACUGAACACGGCCCUGGUGUGGUUGCCCCCUGAACAGGUAGCUGGGGUUCCGAUGCGGGUGCUCUCAACCUCCACCUUCUUUGAGCAGAAGUGGCUGGUUACUCGAGUAGAUGCCACGGCUGUUUGUCCAACACCAGGGGCAGUGGCCUUUACUCCAGAAGUGAUCACCUGGUACAUGCCCAAGCACAUAGACCCACUUUUCUCCUCUGAUUCCUUCACCAUGUUGGAGGUGUACAUGGGAAUUGACGCUAAGAGGCUGGACACUGAGGAAAUGGCUGCCAGAAACUACUCGGUUUUAGUCACAGAGGCUCAUAUUAUUGUUGAAAUUCCGGUGGGGGCGGUUGGCGGCUAUUUCAAGAGCCAUAUUCAGGAUGACCAGUACUUUGUCACUUACACCAUUGAGCCCAUGCUUGAGUUGCUGUGGAUCGAGGAGGUCGCACACGAGGACACCGGCUACAAAGUCCUCUUCCCUAUCACAACACCUCCGAUGGCCAGGCCUCCACAAGUUCGCAACUACACGCCCUUAGACACAGUUCCUGAGCAGGCAGUGUUUGUGCUUGAGUUGGGGACCUUCAACCUUGAUGUGGAGCUGCUGAACAUCACCUUUCCCACCAUGGUGCUAACUGUUGCAGAGUGCAACGCCAGAGGCUUCAAUGUUCAGGAGCAGAGAUCCCUGGACAACACCUUGAAGAGCUUCAGGAUGGAGGUGCCCUUCUCAGACCCGGUGGUCUUUAAGGAGAGAAGGGCGGAACAAGGUGUCACAACCUUCACUCUUCAGCUGAUCUACGGCCUGGUCGUCUUUCCAGAGUACGCUCCUUUCGCUCACUCUGCCGUUGUGGACGCUGUACUGCUGGACAUUGUGCCACCCUCAGUCACUGGCAACUGUGAUCAGGAGAACUUUCACAUCACUGUGGACUACAGGAACCAAGAUCCCUUUUUCGUGGUCUUGGUUGGCAAGCGGCUGCUUAACCAUGAGCUUGCGCAACAGUAUUUGACAGAGGGCGACGCAGACUUCACCAUCACGUUGCCCUUCUCUUCGCCGGACGCAGUGUUUGAGUCGGUUCACUCGUCCUCUGUCAGGAGCAGACUGGAUGUGGCUCUGUUGAAUCCUUACAACAACAUGACCAUCAAAUACUUUUCCCUGGCUUGCAGCUUCCUCAAAACGCUGACUGAGUGUUUCUCUAACGGAACGAUGACUGCGCUGGCGGUCAAGGUGGAGUCUGCUCCCAGUCUGAACCCCGGUCAGCUGACCCUGAGCAACCCCGCCUGUGGUCCCACCUACAGCGAUGAUCGCUUCGCCUACUUCCACUUCACUGUCAACUCCUGUGGCACCACCGGGAAGUUUAUCAACAAUGUCAUGCUGUAUGAGAACGAAAUCUCCUUACCAGAUGAACUUGAGGUGAAGCUGAAUGGCACGACGUCUUCAGAGGAAUAUCAGUUAAAGGUUUCCUGCUACUAUGUGGUCAACAUCACUCGCACAUUGGUCUUCCUCACCAGGCCGCGUGACAACGAGCCUUUUGCCGAGACUGGGACGGGUCGACUAAUGGUCAGAAUGAGACUCGCUCAGGACGCCUCGUAUAACACGUUCCACAAGGAGGAGGACUAUCCAGUGGUGAGGUAGCUGAGACAGCCUCUGCACUUUGAGGUGGAGCUGACCAGGUUCUCUGACCCCAAUAGGGGGGUGCCAUUUCGACUUUGUAAAAAUUCGUUCCCAAAUUAAACUGCCUCUUACUCAAUUCUUGCUCGUACAAUAUGCAUAUUAUUAUUACUAUUGGAUAGAAAACAUUCUCUAACUUUCCGAUUGGUUUCAUACAACUGCUCUUAACACUGACUGAAUACUUGUUGAUUUCAGGCACAAGUGACCUCUUGUGUUUUAAAACAGUUAUUGCACUAAACAUAAAGGAUGGUUCACACGCC